AUGGUGCAUUAUAGAAAUCCAUACAUCAAUUAUAUACGAAGGAAACCGUUGGCACUUUUAGCACCAAUCACCGUCUUUCUAUUCAUCUAUUUUUUUCUCUUUGGAUCUUUCUCAUCGACAUCUUCGGCAAAAUCAACUCCGAAAUACAGCUACGAUAAGAAAUCAAAGUCAUGGUUUAGCUCCAAUAACAAGGAUUCGGUAAUGGUGAAGAAUUUGCCCAAAAAUCACAUAUCCCACUAUGACUUGAACAAAUUGACUUCGUCAUCCGAUGCAUUGGCCAAGAAGGAAGAAGUGUUGAUCUUGACACCAAUGACAAAGUUUUUACCUGAGUAUUGGGAAAACUUGAACAAGUUAACGUAUGAUCACUCGUUGAUCUCAUUGGGAUUUAUAUUUCCAAGGACUGAAGAAGGGGAUGAAGCGUUGAAGAAUUUGGAGACGGCAUUGAAAAAGAGCAAAGCUGAUAAGACAUUGAAUUUCAAGAAGGUUACUUUGUUGAGACAAGACUCAAACUCAUUGGGUAGUCAGUUGGAAAAAGAUAGACAUGCUUUCAAGGUGCAAAAGGAAAGGAGAUCAAUGAUGGCAUUGGCAAGAAACUCAUUAGUGUUUUCCACCAUUUCGCCUUCGACAUCUUGGAUCUUGUGGUUGGAUGCUGAUAUAGUUGAGACCCCUCCAAACUUGAUUCAAGAUUUGGUUGCCCAUAAUAAGCCAGUUUUGUCAGCCAAUGUGUACCAAAGAUACUAUGACGAAGAGAAACAACAGCAGUCGAUCAGACCAUAUGACUACAACAACUGGGUUGAAAGUGAAGAAGGUUUGAAAUUGGCUGCUGGUUUGAGUGAUGAUGAAAUCAUUGUUGAGGGAUACUCAGAAAUGGCCACGUACAGAGCUUUGAUGGCGCACUUUUACGACCCGAAUCAAGAUGUUAACACUGAAAUGGCGUUGGAUGGUGUUGGUGGCGGAGCGGUCAUGGUGAAAGCCGAUGUUCAUAGGGAUGGGGCGAUGUUCCCAUCGUUCCCAUUUUACCACUUGAUUGAAACGGAAGGAUUUGCUAAAAUGGCAAAAAGAUUGGGCUAUGAAGUCGUUGGAUUGCCCAAUUACUUGGUGUAUCAUCACAAUGAGUAG